UUUAUUGAUAUUGAUUACAUAAUCAGGUGUAGCCUAAGCCAAUAGGGCGAUAGCCGUAAGCUAAAGUAACCAAAUGCAUUUAAGUUAAAUUUAAAAUGUAAUUUAAGAUUCCUCAUCUUUUGCACUAGUUUGACGCCUUGAAUGAAGUGUAAUUGGUGUUAGCUGUCAGUCUGGAGCCCUGAAAUCCUCCCACAGACGCGUCACUAGUCUGACAGUAAGCGGAUUGAAUCUGUGUCCAGUCAGCGAAAACAGCCCAGAGACACGUUAUCAGCCAUACACCUGUGUUUAACUGCAUAACGUUACACUUUCCUUUUAAGCCGCGAUGUUUACCAUAUUUGCAAAGAUAAAAGACCGCGUCGAGGCUUUUUUGAACGAGAAGAAUAUAGUCACUGACUGUCUCAAUAAAAUCGAAGAAAAAACAGGCAUCAAGAAACGUUAUUUAGCGCUCGGUGCUGCUGGUGUGACCGGAGCAUAUUUAUUAUUUGGAUACGGUGCUUCUCUGCUCUGUAAUCUGAUUGGUUUUGUUUAUCCUGCAUAUUACUCUAUCAAAGCAAUAGAAAGUCCUGAUAAGGAGGAUGACACACAAUGGCUGACAUACUGGGUAAUCUACGGCUUCUUCAGCGUGGGUGAAUUCUUCUCUGACAUUUUUCUUCACUGGUUUCCUUUCUACUAUGUGUGUAAGUGCUUGUUCCUGUUGUGGUGCAUGGCUCCGGUCUCCUGGAAUGGUUCUCAGAUACUGUACAGGCAUGUGGUGCGGCCAUGUUUCCUGAAGCAUGAAGCCAGAGUAGAUGAGAUGGUCAACAAUAUAGGAGGGAAGGCCAUGUCAGCAGCUGAGAACGCCACGAGAGAGGUUCUUCAGACUCUGGUGAGAAACCGGACUAUUGGCCCAGCUGAGCCUGAAGCCAGAAGACUGCCCAGUUCUGCUCCUGCUGAACCCACAGUUGAUUAAACGAAAUACAGGUGGCUAAAGUGAUCUGAGGAUGACACAAACAUGCAAGAGAUGCAGCAUCAUGUUGAAGACAUAAAUUCUGACAGCUGUAUCAUAUGGUCUCAUUGUAAAGACCUCAAUGAGUGAAUCAAUGCCUGGUUUUCACACAGCCGAUGUCAGGAGUGGAGUUUUGGACUUUAUAGUUUAAUAACCUGAUGUAUUUCUUUUCACUGUUCAUAUAAAUUUGUUCAGAUUGUUAAAUGUCUUCAGCAUUUAAACAUAGCAAAACAGAAAUGUACUGUAGGAAAUUCAACAGACAUUCAACAGUGUAUUUGUUAUUUACUUAUUUAUUUAUGGGUAGUAAUUUGUUGUAUUCAUGGCAUCCG